AUGUCUUGCACCAUUGAUCCGGUCAAGGGUGAAGAGGGAGACGCUGGGGGUACUUUGCAUGCUUUCCGCAUGCCUGUCCUACUCGAUAUCAGCGAAAGUGAAAGCGAGGAUGAUAUUGUGGCUGUGGGUCCUGGAACGAUGCGGCGAAGAAGCCCUGGUGCUUGGAAGGAUCCAGUCAAUAACACAGGCGCUAGCAAUGGCGGUGAGACUGGAGGCGCUCCCGUUACGAAUAACGGGGUGGGGCGUGCUCAAAAUAAGGGGCGACGGAGCUCAAGAUGUUAG